AAGAAGUGAUCAUAGCUGGAAAUACAAUGGAUUGCGCUCCGACCAUCCCACGUUGCUGUACUCCACCCCUCCACGAAAGAUACUAUUGGGUAAAAAGUGAUGCCUGCAGCGGAAUACCGAAUAAUGCGGUUAGAGUGGGAGUCAAUCGGUGCAGAAACUCCGUUUUCGUUGGACGUACUAGGCAUGAAUGUGAUAUCAUUCCGGGGAAGUAUGUCCCCUCAAAGAAUGUUGUCUCUAUCGGUUACGGAGGUGUAGAAUACACCAAGUGUGAAUAUGAUGUAUUAUGCGAACAAAGAUUCCGAUGGGAGACCAUCAAUUGUGGUAUCAUCCCAAAAGGAGCUGUUGCAGGUGGGAUGACACGUUGUGGAGAAACACUUUACAUUGGUCGUGUCUAUCACCAAGGAACUCAUACAGUUGGAAAAGUUCAUCCAUCCCAUCAUUGCUGCUACAUCACAGUCUGUGGCCGGGAAUUGAGUUGCAAUCAAUAUGAAAUCUUAGUUUUGGAGUAAUGCUACUCAUUUAAGGAACACAACCAACCUAUCGUUGCUGCUAAAUCACAGUAUGUGACAAGAAAAUGAAAUGCUAUGAAUAUGAAAUCUUUGUUUGGAAUAAUACUGCUUAAUUAACGCUCAAAUGAAGGAAAAUUUAGUAUAAAGAUUAUGAAAUCUUAGUGUUGGAAUUUAGCUACUAAAAUAACGCUACUGCUCAAUUAAC